CAAAAUUUUGAAAGUUUUUCUAUAUUUUUGUAAUAAGACUAUCAUUUUAGUGUAAAGAAUGUCUUCCUCCUUCUUUUUGAAAGGGAAAUCCAGGCAAGUUCAAAAACGAAAAGGCGAGAAAGUAAAGAAAAAGGCUUCGAAGAAACCGAACGCGCCUAACCUAGAAAAUGGUCAGGAAUCUUCAGAUAGUGAACUUGAUUUACGAAAGUUUUCCGACGCGGAAGAAUCAGAAAGCGAUCAUGAAACUGCUGAGCAGAAGAAGUUGCGGCUAGCUAAGAAGUACCUUGAAGAAAUCGAGAAAGAAGAGGCGAAACGAGCGGAGCUCAAAGAGGUCGACGAUGCUGUAGAAAACCGUUUAAAGAAAGACUAUUUAGAACAGAAAGGUAAAUUAAAAAUUGAGGUAGCUGAAAAGUACGUAGAACCGAGUGAAGAUGAGCUGAGACUCAUUCGUGCCAAGGAACACCGUCUAACACUGACAUGUGUUUGUAUCAGCAGUGAUAACAACUUCGCGUUCACUGGCAGCAAAUGUGGCUCUGUUAUUAAAUGGGGAAUCAAAGAGAAAAGAAAACUUGGUAGUUUAACUUACAAAACUCAUUCCAAUUUUAUUAAAGGUGAUGUAAAAUCUCUUGCAAUAUCCACUGACGGCAAAUAUUUAGUUUCGUCCGAUGACAGUCCAUAUAUUCAAGUGUGGGAUCCACAAACACUCAAACAUGUACAUACAUUCAAGGGACACAAAGACGUAGUAACAGGACUGGUGUUUAGAAAGAAUACACACGAUUUAUACUCGGCUAGUAAAGAUAGAUCUGUGAAAAUUUGGUCUUUAGAUGAGAUGGCAUAUGUUGAAACAUUGUUUGGGCACCAGUCACCCAUUACUUCGAUUGAUGCAUUGACCAGGGAGAGAGCACUGACUGCAGGAGGCAGAGAUACUACAGUAAGAAUAUGGAAGAUAGCUGAGGAGUCACAGUUGAUAUACAAUGGACCAAUCGGGAGUCUUGAUGAGGUCAAGCUUUUAGAUGAGGAGCAUUUUGUGUCAGGCAGUGACAAUGGCUCAAUAUGUGUAUGGAGUGUACUAAAAAAGAAGCCUUUGUGCACAGUUCCAGAAGCCCAUGGUUCUGAGAAUGAAGUACCUCGGUGGAUUACUAGUCUGGCAACUUUAUUGAAUUCUGAUGUUUUUGCAUCUGGGUCCUAUGAUCUUAGUAUUAGGCUAUGGAGAGUCUGUGACCAAUAUAGGAAAGUUUUACCUAUGUUUAGUGUAAAUGUGUGUGGUUUUGUAAACUCUAUGCAGUUUACAAGUGAUGGUAAACAGUUGUAUGUUGCGGUUGGCCAGGAACAUAAGGCUGGCAGAUGGUUCAAGUUAGGAGGUGCCAAAAAUGGACUUUUAGUUAUUAAUUUUAAUAUUAAGGAGUAAUAUAAUAAUGUUGUAAUAAACAAUUUAAUUUACACAA